AACGAUAUUAUUUAUAUAAUUUUAAAGUGCGCAUGCGUUUUGCUGCUAAUUUGUCGCCGACAGGCACCCGCGAACGCACUUAUUAUCUCAAUGAAUCCAUUAAAGCUGAUACAUUUAGUCUUCAGAACAACAGUAAUAAUUAUUUAUGAAACUAUCGAUAAAUUGUCAAGAGCUUCGUAAACGUUAAUUGUAGAAAAGUAUUCCUUAUUUCGAAAAAUCUAUUUCAAAUUUGUCCUAUUUAUUUUCGAGCAGUGUAUCAAAAAUAAUGUUGAGCAGUAUAACACACGCUGUUAUGCGCUUGCGUCCGGCUGCAAGGUCUCGAUGCGCAGUGGGAAAAAUGGAACAUUUUUUCAUAACGUACUUCACGGCAAGUGACUAUACUGAUUGUUGUAUAAACCUAUAUACUGUGGUCGUGUUGGAACAAACCUAUCAUAAUUACACGCCGCUAAGCAAUGGGUCAGGAUCUAGAAUCGAGUCCAACUGCUCCGCGUUACGCUAUUUUUCGGAGUUGACCAAAUCUAUGUGUAUAAGAUCUUUGAUCUUAGGUUAGAUUCUUAUUUUGGUGCAGUUGCAAUUUGCAAAUAUAAAUAUUAUUAAAUAUGCAAAACACCAUCCAUGCUUUUAAUUGUAAAAACAAAACUGCAAUAGUUCAUUGGAAAUAAUUGGCAAUUAAAAUGGAAACGAAACAAGAAGCUAGUGAGAAAACUUGUAAACUAGAAACAAAUAAUGAAACCUAUUAUUAUGGUCCUUUGGAUGGCUUCAAAAUUGAAAUUAGGGAAGAACCCAAGAGAGAACCGGCAUACGACGCAUUUGAUUCUUUAAGCUCAAAUGUGUUAUCCGUAAAAACUGAAGUAGAACAAGAAGAACACAAAUUUAUACCAUUUGAAGAAAUGCAAACAACAAAUGAAGAAAGUUAUUCUCAAGAGGACAACAAAUUGGAGAUUAUGGAGACACAACCUGAACAUUCAUCUUAUGAAGGAAAUUAUAUGAGCCGACACGACGAAGGAACAGCAUUAACUCAAAAUAAGACAGUUGCAACUGGACAAAGACCUUACCAAUGCGAAGUUUGUUUUAAGAAGUUUUCUCGAAAUGAACAUUUAAAAAAUCAUUUGCGAAUACACACUGGAGAAAAACCAUACAAGUGCGAUAUCUGUUCCAAAAAGUGUUCUGACGCAAGUAAUUUGAAAAAACAUUUGAAAGUGCACACUGGGGAAAAACCUCACAAGUGUGAAAUUUGUUUGAAGCAGUUUAUUCAAGCAAGUAAUUUGAAAACACAUUUGAGAGUGCACACUGGAGAAAAACUUUACAAGUGCGAGAUGUGUUUUAAGGAAUUUAGUCAACCAGGUCAUUUUAAAAGUCAUUUGAGAGUGCACACUGGGGAAAAACGGUACAAAUGUGAUACUUGUUUUAAACGGUUUGGUCAAGCAGGUGACUUGAAAACACAUUUGAGAGUGCACACUGGAGAAAAACCUUAUAAGUGCGAGAUGUGUUUUAAGCAGUUCAGACAUAAAAUUUCUUUGAAUGCUCAUACAACAGUUCACACUGGAGAAGCUUUUUACAACUGUGGAAUUUGUUUUAAGCAGUUUAACCAAAAAAGUAAUUUGAAAACACAUUUGAGAGUGCACACUGGAGAAAAACUUUACAAGUGUGAAAUUUGUUUUAAGCAAUUUAGUCAUGCAAGUGAUUUGAAAAAACAUUUGAGAGUGCACACUGGAGAAAAACCUUACAAGUGUGAAAUUUGUUUGAAGCAGUUUAGGCAAUCAAGUCAACGCAAAGUACAUUUAAGAUUGCACUCUGGAGAAAAGCCGUACAAGUGCGAGAUUUGUUUUAAGCAGUUUUCUGGAAAUGGUAAUUUGAAACGUCAUUUGAAAGUACAUACUAGAAAAGAUCUUAAAGUAGCAAAAGUGUGAUGCACUGCCAUGUUGAUCGAUCUGUGUGCACGUAUUCUGACUUGAAUGUGGCAAUCGCAAGAACUGCUGAACGUGGCAAUCGUACUAGUUGGACGUGUGUAGUGUUUCUCCGAAAUUAAAUUUUAGUUUUUGGGUGGUUUCGAGUGUAAUCUGCAUACAAAAUAGUGCAAAGUGUAAUUAAAAAGGACCUUUAUGUAAGUAAAUAAUCAGAUAUCUGUUUAUGAACUGUAUUAAUAAAUUAAUAGUUAGUUUUUAAUUGCCCUACGGAUAAAAGUGAAACCUCUGAGUGGACGAAACGGGUUGAGCUUUUUGCGCUGGACGGGUGAUUAAGAGCGAUAAACAAUAAUAAUUAUCAACAAAAACAGUAGGUCUGUAAUACAGGUUUCGGUAAAAAUAUACAGAAUUAUAAAAGCUGAA